AUGAUUGAGGAAAAACCUAGGGCAUGGCACGACUUGCUCCCGGAAGCCCUUUGGGCUUACAGGAUCUCAAAACGCUCGGCCACAGACACAUCUCCUCAUGCCUUAACCUACGGUCAUGAUGACAUCGUUCCAAUGGAGUUAAAGGUUCGGUCUCUUCGUGUGGCAGAACAGCCUGGACAAGAAGGGAAGGAUUAUGCGCAAGCCAUGGCUCAGGAGUCAGAAGAUUUGGAGCAAUCCAGAUUCGAUGCUUAUAACCUAAUGCAGGCACAGAAGCAGAUUGCUGCGAGAGCCUAUAACAGAAAGGUCAAACAAAAGACCUUUGCCGAGGGCGACUUAGUAUGGCGAGCCGUGCUUCCUAUCGGGAUAAAGGACCCUCGGUUCGGCAAGUUCUCACCCAAUUGGGAAGGUCCGUUCAUUAUUGAACGAAUCCUUGGCCGAUGUGCAUUUCAAUUGAGAAAUAGGGAUGGGGAAUGGCACGACUUGCCAAUAAACGGCCAGUAUUUGAAGAAGUAUACCCCGUCGUUAUGGGAAACGACCGAGAAAGAGUGCUAA